CAACUCUCAGCUCGACACAAUAUCUCCCGUGAACGACUACUUGACUCUCCCUAUAGCUUCGGUGAUUGGGUCGCUUUCUUGCUUCUUCAUACUCCCGAAUCGACUGUGAUUGGUACGGUGGAGCCCUUGAUUUGGUCUAUCAACCGACUGUCGGACAUUGCCUCACAACACUCGGGGCAGCAAAAAGGGCGCAAACCGCACGCCAACCGGCGAUUCACGACAUGUAUUCCCUACAGAUGGUCUUAUAGGGAAUCCCGUUUGCUGCUUCGACUCGGUGCCAAUCGAGGGUGGUCCGAAUAUGGGGGAUGACGGUCGUCUGGCUCCCCGCCAGAUCUGGGCGAACCCGACGACAACCAGUACGAAAUCGUACGAACCGGGUUGUACUCCUUUCUUAUUACCUAGUGAUGGCCUCCUCUAUUUCAACAACACAUACGCAAUAACCCUCACCGCGAAUGGUGUCUACGAACCGAUCUGUACCAAUGGACCGCCGCCACCGAGUCAUGCGAACCCGAAUCUUGAUACCCGUGAUCCCUUUUAUUCCUCCGUGACCCCCCAGCUGUACGCCAUCGGCUGUGCCACCGUUGUCAGCUAUCUACUCGUCAUUAUCCUCCUGAUCACCCCACGCACAUUCUACGUUGGCGGCCCCGGGGGUGGCGCCAACUUCCUGGGUCGUCAUGGCAUGAUUAGUGGUUCCUACAGCGGCAAUUCCUCCGUCGUGGGUGUCGGGGGGCGCCCAUGGUUGCAGAAGCUUGCAGCCAUCCUGGUUGCCAUAUCUCUCACAAUCGCAACAGCUGACUCGUUCCGGGUAGCUGAACGGCAGUAUAUCCAUGGGUUCUCUGAUGCCGAGGCGCUCUCCGCGGAGGUGAUCGAUGGCAUGGAGAUCCGUGUGGUUCGGGUCAUAUCCAGCACGUUUCUCUGGCUUGCGCAGGUUCAGACCCUGAUCCGAUUAUUUCCCCGACACAAAGAGAAGAUCAUGAUCAAAUGGGCGGGGUUUGCGCUGAUUGUCUUGGACACGGUGUUCAGCUGCUUGGAUAAGUUCCAUGCCCAGUCAAACACGACGCGUCCACGGCUCUACGAAGAUGCGAUCCCCGCCCUCAGUUAUCUCUUUGAACUCGCGCUCAAUCUUCUCUAUGCUGCGUGGGUUAUUUUCUACUCAUUGUCAAAACACCGAUUUGCCUUCUUCCACCCGAAAAUGCGCAACAUCUGUCUGGUGGCGCUCUUGUCCCUUUGCGCUGUGCUGAUCCCUGUCGUGUUCUUCGUCCUGGAUAUCGCGAAGCCUGAAUGCGCCGGCUGGGGGACGUACAUCCGCUGGGUUGGAUCUGCGGCGGCGAGCGUCGUCGUUUGGGAAUGGGUGGAGCGCAUCGAGGCCCUAGAGCGCGAUGAACGCAAGGAUGGCAUCCUCGGGCGGGAGAUCUUCGACGGCGACGAAAUGUUGGAGGUGACACCGUCCGAGGAGGUGGACUGGCCUCGCCAGGCGUCGAAUGCCCCCAAUCGAGGUGGGGGAACCGGCGCCUCGUCCGGCUGGGGAGGGAUGAUGGGCCUGACACAUCGACCGUUGCGGAACCGGGUCGUCUUUCCCGGCAUCGUCCGCCCCGAUCUGGAGAGCAACGCGGUGGGCUCCCGGCGUCGGCGACCGGCGCGUCCCACACCCCCGCCCGCCGUGGUGACCCCCGUCAGCCGCGCCGACACGACCAGCGCGGCGAGCACCGUGUACAAUGUCCACUACCACCCGGUUUCCAGCCCUACGCCCCCCGCCGCCAUGCCUCACAUGGACGAGGCGGAGGAGGAAGAGCAUGACCUGGACGCAACGGCGAGGGACAAAGAGUUGUCGACCACCGGGGACGGGGGACCGGGCGACGACCUGGCCCAUCACGGCCUCUCUGCGCAGGACACUCGCGAACACUCUCCGCAGAUCAUCCACACCGACCCCCGGUGGCGGACCUUCUUCAAUGCGUUCCGCCGGCGACGUGCGUCCCUGCCCCGGGAAGUCGCGUCGGCCCAGGCAUACGAGGAGCCCCGUCGGGGAUCAGAGGAAUACGACCCGUUCAUGGAGCAUCAAGACGAGCCCCCGCGGUCGCGGAUGGAGCACCUCAUGCCCUUCCCCUGGAGGGCCCCGCCUGGGUCGGGCCGGCCAGGGUCCGACACCCCCUUACCGGUCACCGUCAUCCCCGCCCGACGACGCGGCCCGCACGCCUGGUCGCACGACUGGUCUAACAACCCCAACCUCCUGGGGGCGCCCCCCAGUUCACGGGCGCGCUCCGGCCGUCCCGACCUACCGGUGCGGGUGAUCCAGCCGCAGACCCAGGCGGCCGCUCCCUGGGAUCCUCCCAGCGCCGGGGAAUUCGGCCAUGGGGACACCCAGUUACGGUAUGACCCCGAUGCGGCGGCUCUGGUCGGCCUGGACGACCACUCCUCGGACCGGGGGUCGGGGUCGGCGCAGCAUGGAGAGGCGCCGGAGGAUCGCGCGAGCACCAGCGGGCCCUCGCGACCGUCGGCCUCCACUGGACCCUCCCCUGCCGGUUUCGACUCCGCGUCCAGCCCGAUGGACCAGCAUAUGGACGGCCGGCCCUCGCGAUCGGACGAUCCGCCCGACGACGCAUCCCACCGGGGCUAGAGUUCCUUUAUCAUUUCGCACGGCAGUCCCUGGCCGACGUUUUCACCGCAUUGGAGGUGUCGAGGGGGUGCCAUUGCAUUUAUUGUCCUUGUUCGAUUCGAUUCCAUGCUCUCUGAUAUCCUGGUCUUUUCUUCCUCUGGAUUUAGCACGGUGUCUGGAGGUAUAUUUUUUUCUUUCUACAUUCUCCCUUCUUGUUCUGGUUACUCCACUGGGUCUGUGCCUUUCUGUCCUUCCCUUUGGGCAUUGGGCAUUGGGUGGACUGGUUUUGGGUAUGGUAUUGGGUGUAUUUUAUUGAAAGGGGCGUGCCGGGGACAUGAAUACGGUCCGAAUUGAUCUCUAUGUCUUGUCUGUAUAUAUAUCAAAUCUAUCUGUCUAUAUAAUGAU